AUGGAGAGAAGAGAACUGACAUACAAGAUAUGUUUGAUAGGAGAUGGGGGUGUUGGAAAAACAACGUAUAUAAAUAGGGUACUUGAUGGGAGAUUUGAAAAGAAUUACAAUGCAACGGUUGGAGCAGUGAAUCAUCCUGUGACGUUUCUUGAUGACCAGGGAAAUGUGAUAAAAUUUAAUGUUUGGGACACAGCGGGGCAAGAGAAGAAGGCAGUGUUGAAGGACGUAUACUACAUAGGUGCUAGCGGAGCCAUCUUUUUCUUUGAUGUAACAUCUAGGAUCACAUGCCAGAACCUUGCACGGUGGGUCAAAGAGUUCCAGGCGGUUGUUGGAAACGAAGCACCUAUAGUUAUUUGUGCCAAUAAGAUCGACAUAAAGAAUAGGCAAAAGAUAAGUAAAAAGCUGGUGAUGGAGGUUCUUAAGGGAAAGAACUACGAGUACUUUGAGAUCAGUGCCAAGACGGCGCACAACUUUGGACUCCCAUUUUUACAUCUAGCUCGGAUUUUCACUGGGAGACCAGACCUUAUAUUCGUAUCUAAUGUGAACCUUGAGCCGACUGAUGUCAAUUAUGAUUAUCAUAGUCCUGAGGAAACUAAAUAUAUUGAUUAUAUGGAGCAGGCGGCGAAGAUGGCACCCGAGGAGUAA